AAGGGAGAAGUUGGCAGAGGGGUGUGGGCUGCGGAGGAAGUGAAAGCGCAUUGGGAUCCUGGGCCCCUCGUCCCACUGCCCUGACGCCCACCAGAGCCCGGAUCUCCCUUUUCCUGCCAGGAUGCUGCCCCCUCUGCUGCUCCUCCCCUGGGCAUGGGGGGCCCUGACUGCCUCCCCUCCUGUACCCCCAGGGUCUCUCACCCUCCGGCUGCUCCAAACCAUCAUCUUCCACAACACCAGCUCCACGGACAUGGCGGGGACGGCCCUGCUGGGCGACCUGGAGACCCACUCCCUGGACUGCAGCACCUGCGAGGUCCGUUUCCUGCAGCCCUGGGCCCAGCAGGGCCUGACCCCGAAGGAGUGGCAGUAUCUGCAGAAGUUCAUCUAUAACAAUCUGUCCAUAUUCAUCUAUCUGGUGAAGGAACUGGUUGAGGAGGAAGGAGAGGGCUAUCCCUUUGUUACCCAGUUCUCCAUCGGCUGCGAGCUCCACCCCAACAGCACCUCAAGGCAAUACUGUGAUGCUGGGAUGAACGGCGAGGACUUUGUCAGCUUUGACACGGACAGCGGCAAAUGGGUCACUCGGCGGGGGGAUAAACUGACGCUCAAAGCCCAGGAGAUUCUUAACUGCAACAGAGUUGUGGACAUCACGCUUCAGUUUCUCCUGAGAACGACGUGUGUUAGUCAGCUCAAGAGCUUUGUCCAGCAUGGGAAUGAGUCUCUGGCGAGGCAAGAGAAGCCGGUCGCUGUGGUGUUUGCCCGAGCGCCUCCCCCAGCCGGGACCCCCGCGCCGGUACUGCUGGUUUGCCGGGUCACCGGUUUCUACCCCCGGCCCGUCCGCGUGGCCUGGCUGCAGGACGGGGAGGAGGUGGCGCCGGGCGGGCGGCUGAACUCCAGUGGGAUCCUGCCCAAUGCGGACCUGACCUACCAGCUGCGCAGCUCCCUGGCCGUGGAGCCAGGCGCCGGGCACAGCUACGCCUGCCGGGUGCAGCACAGCAGCCUGGGGGGCCAGAGCCUGCUCAUCCCCUGGGAGCAGAGCAGACCCUGGGGCCCCGGCCUGGCCGUGGGCAUCACCCUGGGGGUUCUGGCCGUAGCCGCCGUGGCCGUGGUGCUUUGGCGGAGCAGACGCAGGAGCAGAUGGCUGAGGUGGUGUCCCUGGAGCUGCUCCACAACGGAGACUGCACCUCCCAGAUCCUGCUGGUGCUGGCGAUGACCCCCCCGGCGCAGGGACGUCUACACCUGCCAGGUGGAGCACAGCAGCCUGCGGGGCCCCCUCACCAUGCAGUGGGGUAAGAGCCUCUGAGUGUGGGGCAACCCCUGAGCCCACUGGGGCACCCCUAGCUCUGUGGAGCCCCUCAGGGGAUGGGCCUGGCUCAGAUCCCCAUCCCCACCCCGGGGGCAGAGAGCGGGGACGUGACAAAGGGAAGGAAAAGCUGGGCUGAGCCCAAGCCACCCGUGCUCUUGUUUUCACAGAAGCACUGAGUGACUGCCAGGGGCAAGAUGCUGGCUGGGGUCGGGGGCUCCGUUCUGGGGUUGCUCUUCAUGGUCCUGGGAUUGCUCGUCUGCUUGAGGAAUAAGGAAGGUAAAUGGCUCAGGGAUGGGGCCGCCAGCCCCAGGAAAUGAGUUCCCAGUGGGGCCAUGACCCAGUGGCACUGGAGGGUUACACUCAAAUGCUGAUUCACCACAGUUUACUUUAGCUUCCCCUUCAGGCUCAAAUCCAGUUUUCUAGCAACCGAGGAACUUCCUGCCCAUCUCUCAGCCCACGUCCAGGAAGUGCGGAGCUAAUCCCAGCCCCUGGCUUCCCAUACAUCUGAGUCAGACCUUUCAAACUCUGAGCUACGGUUGUGGCCUCCUGGCCUCCCCUCCACUUCUCCUCUCCUGGAACCUCAGGUUGUUACAGACACAGUUGAAGUGUUCACAAAUCAAUCAAUUCCUCUCUAGUUAUGAAACAAAUACACUUCCCCUUUGAAAAGUAUGGAGACCAAACUCACUUGAGAAACACACCAGAGACUGAUAACUUCUGAGCCUGAAUUUUGAGACUUUUUUAUGCUACCCUCUAAGCUGCUUCCCUUUUUGCCUAAAUGUGAGAAACAACGAGCAAUAACUUCAGGUCAAAAUCCUGAGUGGAUGAUGCUGAUACCAGAGAAAUUCCCCAGACUCCAUUUUAUAUCCCUGGCUUCCAUUUUAAGUUAGCAAGAGUCUUUCCUCUAUUUGAAGCUGCGGGUCACAUAGCUCUAAAAAUAGAAUUGGUGGGAAAACCAAAGUAGGGGAAAGGUCAGCAGAUCAUAACGCUGAGGUAAACCACGGCUGCAGGCUAAAAUUAGAUCACACCGUUUGGAAUGUGGCCAGUUGUCAUGUGCAAGAGAGUCCAGACGGGUCGGUCUAAAAGUCAGUGUGUCAGCCGACAGCCACGGGGUAGGUGGAGAGCGAGUGGUCGGUGAGAACAAGGAGAGAAAAGCAGAGAGGAGCUUCCCUGAGCCAUCCAUGCAUCCGAUAGCCGAAUGGAGAGCUGACGGAGCAGCCGGAGAGUGUCCUGUCCUGUCCAGCAGCAGAGGGAGAAGACGCAGAAACCCAGGGAGAACACAGCGGGGCGAGAGCAAGCACAGGAGAAACAAGCAUCAAGGGAGUCAAUUGGCCGUAGCUCCAUCCAAGUCAAUGGGGCCAGAUCCCUGCUGGGAUCAGUCGGCCGUAGCGCUUCUGACUUCAGUGGAACGGAUUUCCAGAAGCUCAGUACCUGGCCCCACUGGGCUCAGUAGAGGCAUGGCCACUUGACGCCGGCUGGGAUCUGGCCCUGAGGUUUUCCCUUAGCUUAUUUUAAAACAGUUCUAUCAAGUCAAACAUUUCUGGAGAACAAGCGCUUGUGAUAAAAUGUUAUUUCAAACUGUUUUAAAU